UAGAAUUUGGACAUGAGUCAGUAGAGUAAAUUAAACAUUCAAACACGUAGGGGACCUUUAGGGUAAAUACAACUUCGAAAAAAUCUGAAAUAUGAAGUGUUUGUUUGGUGACAGGAGUGAAGAUGCGGCAGGUGGCGGUAUUCGCUCCUAAGAUAUUUCUGAGGAGGGAGAACCAUCCGCUGGGUAGCUAAAGAUUAGUGAACAAGGUGAGGAACCUGCAGAUAUACGGUGAAUUUAAUUACGCUGUAAUUAAACGUUGAAUUCAGGAGCAAUAGGCAUCGGCUUUUUUUUGGAAUACAGCGCUGCCCGGGUGUCUCCAUGUCGUCGUGGGCGCAGGGCUCUGGAGGCAGGCGGCCUCAGACCAGCCCGAGCGGCGGUGGAUUGCAACCGCUUCGAUCUUACCGAAGACAGCCGUACCCUACCAGAGAGGAAAGACCAGAUGCACACCAUGAAUCAGUUAGCUAUGAAAAUGUGGAACAGCAGGAUGAUUAUUCUGGAACUGCAAACUACGAAACAUAUGAACAUUCAGCACAUCAGCCACACCAGACUCAUAAGCCCAAAGUUCCCUCAUCAUCUGGAGAUGGUGAGCACACUGCUCUGUACCAGAGACUAUAUGAUCAGUUUCAUGGAGAUGGGGCCAAGAAGCCUGCUGACUGUGUUGUUCUUUCUGUGAAGACCCAGAAUAUGGAUUACCCAAAAUCGUUAGGACACUGUUUGCAGGAGCGUGGCCUCUCGGUGGAAAUGCUUUACCUGCAGACGGAGUCAGGCCUAACCCGAGCCCUCCAAGAUGUCCGUUCCGACGGUUCCCCCUUAUGUAUUCUCGUCGAGCAGACUAAUGUAACUCUGUCCUCGUGCACUGUAAUCAUAUUUUCAGAGUCCCUCAAAAUUCACCGCAACAUGCCCAAGGACCAAGCCCUGGAGUUUGUAAUGGUGGAGUUUCGACGUCUUGGUGGUGGCCGACGACAGCACGAGUCCGCUGAUGCCGCAGCACGAACAACUGAGCUGACUGAUGACUACCUGGAGCGGGCCAAGCUGGAGCACCACUUCAUGCCUUCCACCACACGCCAUCUGCUCUUUCUCAUGGCAGAGGGCCUGCACCUCUAUUCGGAGGAGCUGGCAACCAUCGCAGAGUAUGUACAAAACCACCAGAAACGUCUGCAAGCAUUAGCCAAUGAAUCAGAAAAUAAAGUCACACCAGAGACGCUGACCAGUCUUCCUGCUGGUUUGGGGAAUCCUCCACCCCUGCUACCAACUCCUAUCAGCCAGAGCCAACCACAAAGCGAGCACUCAGCCAUGCCCUCAGGAAUGGGAGAGCCAGCUCAUGACUCAUAUCUGAAGACCAAGCCUCCUCCUCUACUGUCAAUGGAUGUUCUUCAGGGAUCUCCGCACAGGCCAUCUGCUUCUCAUGGCCAUGGUACGCCUCAUAGCUCUGGCACCACACAUGGCCCUCCAUCUUCUUUUACUCCACAGCUAUCAAGAGGUCCACUAGGUCCUAGAGGUCCUCCACUUCCACGAGGACCACCAGGCCUCCGUAGUCUACUAGGUCAGAGAGAAUCUCCAGCUCCUCAUGGUCCACACCCCCACCAAGGCCUGCCAGGGCCUCAUGGUCCGCCUGCUACACAUGGGUCUUCUGACCAUGAACCACAUGAUUUCCAUUCACCUCGGGGUCCCUUACUUGGUCAUGGACCCCCUCCAUCACAUGGACCUCCACUACUCCGUGGGCCACCAUCCCAGAACGGCCCCAGUGGUCCUCGUGGACCACCUCCUCAACGUGGUCCCAGAGCACCACCACCUGCACUCAGGAGCCUUCACAUGGGGAAUCAAACAGGACCAGCACCACGCCCUUUGCGACGCCUGCUUCCCUGACCCACUUAGGACUGAAAUGGCUUCAGCUAGUGCAGAAACUUAGGAAGACCUUGUGUUCUUGAUGUUACUUGACAGUGUUUCUUUUGUAUUUUAUGUUUUUGGUUUCAGAUUUGUAAAUUGCAUUUUAUACUUUUUUUCUUUCAGUCUCCUUUUUGUGUCCCUUGAAAGAACUGAUGCCACGUUUUAUUAAACGUGAGUUGUUUCGUUUCA